CUUCUCUCAAGCUCGUUCGUUGUCUUUUGUUCUGCUACUCUUUUCUUACGGGGUUGUAUCUCUUUUAUCCUGCUCCUCUGUAUCUCUAUUUACCUACUCUACCCCAACCUACAUACCUUUUCGUGGCUCGCGAGUGAGGCCGCAAUCCCUUCACAAUGGUCCAGAUCAGCGAGGUGAAGGGCAAUUCGCGCGAGAACCGGACAGCAGCCCAUACGCACAUUAGGGGUCUUGGUUUGCGCUCGGAUGGUACACCAGAACAAUCUGGCGAUGGAUUCAUUGGACAGGCCGCUGCCCGUGAGGCAUGCGGUGUCGUGGUAGACUUGAUCAAGGCGAAGAAGAUGGCUGGUCGAGCUGUUCUUCUUGCAGGUGGACCUGGAACCGGAAAGACAGCGCUUGCUCUCGCCGUAUCGCAGGAGCUGGGAACCAAGGUCCCGUUCUGUCCGAUCGUUGGCAGUGAGAUCUAUUCUGCUGAAGUCAAGAAGACUGAGGCACUUAUGGAGAACUUUCGGAGAGCGAUUGGUUUGCGAGUGCGCGAAACCAAGGAAGUAUACGAAGGCGAAGUCACAGAACUCACACCCGAGGAAACCGAAAACCCGCUGGGAGGAUAUGGGCGGACCAUCAGUCAUUUGAUCAUUGGGUUGAAGUCGGCCAAGGGCACCAAGAAACUGCGUCUCGACCCUAGUAUCUACGAAGCGAUCCAGAAGGAGCGAGUCACCGUUGGAGACGUUAUCUACAUCGAGGCCAACACCGGAGCUUGCAAGCGAGUCGGGCGAUCGGAUGCCUAUGCGACCGAGUUCGACCUUGAGGCGGAGGAAUACGUGCCCGUGCCGAAGGGAGAAGUCCACAAGAAGAAGGAAAUUGUCCAGGAUGUGACGCUACAUGACUUGGAUAUGGCCAACGCUCGGCCACAGGGUGGACAGGAUGUUAUGAGUAUGAUGGGACAGCUUAUGAAACCGAAGAAGACGGAGAUCACGGACAAGCUGCGCCAGGAGAUAAACAAGGUGGUCAACCGCUACAUCGACCAGGGUGUUGCUGAGCUUGUCCCUGGUGUUCUUUUCAUUGAUGAGGUCCACAUGCUUGACAUCGAAUGCUUCACUUACCUGAACCGGGCCCUCGAAUCCUCCAUCUCCCCCAUCGUUAUUCUCGCCUCAAACCGUGGAAACACCGUCAUCCGUGGCACCGACGACAUUACCGCGGCGCACGGCAUUCCUUCUGACCUCCUUGCCCGACUCCUCAUCAUCCCCACUCAGCCUUACGCCCCCGAAGAGAUCAAGACCAUUAUCCGGUUGCGUGCAAAGAUCGAAGGCCUCAACAUCACCGAUCCUGCGUUGGAGAAGGUUGCAGAGCAUGGCAGCAAGAUCAGCAUGCGGUAUGCUCUGCAAUUGCUGACCCCUGCUAGUAUCCUUGCGCGGGUAAACGGUCGGCCAGGAGGAAUCGAGGAGGCCGAUGUGGCAGAGUGCGAGGAUCUGUUCCUCGAUGCCAAGCGGAGCGCUUCGAUUGUGAACAAGGACAGUGGGAGUUUCCUGUGAUUUCGGGCGAUGAUAAUGCUGGCAAGUUGUGAUGGGAGACAAAUCUGAAUUAGUUGUAUACCACGUUUGAUGCGCGAGUUUAUUUCAGGGACUGGAAAAAGCGAAGGUUUCCUUAUCUUAAGAAACAGGUUUACGUUAAUGUCAACUAUUGUACGGAGUUUCAGCUUUAUUUUCUUGAUAUAAACAUAAAACCAUAUAAGAAACGUCUAUUUUAUC